AUGCUUCCUCAAUACGCACAACGUCAAAACGGAGGUGAAAUAGCUAUUUGGCUCUUAAUUACAGUUGGUGCUCUUCUUAUUCCUAUUAUUGUAAUUGCCAUUUGUUGUAUACGGCGUCACUGUUGGCAAAAUAUUCCUGCUCGUCGUCCACCAUCUUCUUUUGCUAUUAUUACUAACAAUGAUGAGUUACUAAUUAAUUCGAAUUCAUUACCACAUCAUAUGUGGGAUCCUUAUGUAUGUGAAUAAUCAGGCAAUGAAAAUGGAUAUGUAAUAUCUGAAAAUAAUAUAAAUCCAAGUUUAUCUCGUACAAAUUCACUUAAAAAACAACAUGUUCAUUGGCCUGAUGGAUCCAUACGACCAAAAACUAAUGAUAUCUAUCCAAUAAAAAAGAAACAAUUUACUGAAGAAAAUAUUCUUAAUACUACACAACUUACUGCAUCUCCAUCAUCUCAUCGUCGGUCGACUUAUACAUCAUCAGCUCUAUCACAUAUUAUUCAAACGGCUAUUAUUCCUGCUGGUUCUACAGUUAGCAGUACUGAUACAAAUCAAUUAUUAGCAUUAUCUAAAGAAUUUACAUCUAAUUCAACUGGAACGAAUAGCAUUGUAUAA